AGAAAAAGAACACCAAUGUUAAUUUUAUAUUUUAUUAAUCAGCUUGAGAGGUUCACCAGUAUGAGGAUAAAGAAGGAUAAAGAAAAACCCAAUACAGCACAUAGGAAUUCAUCUACUUCAUACGCAGAUAUUUCUGGGUCAGGUCAGACAUUGCAGGAUAUUUCUGAUGAAGAUGUGCUGGUUCUCUUUGAGCAGAUGCUGGUGGAUAUGAAUCUAAAUGAGGAAAAGCAGCAGCCACUAAGGGAGAAAGACAUUAGUAUCAAGAGAGAAAUGGUUUCUCAGUACCUGCAUACUUCCAAAGCUGGCAUGAGUCAAAAGGAGAGCUCGAAGUCUCCUAUUAUGUACAUUCAGGAACUAAAAUCUGGUCUUAAAGAUGCACAGCUCCUUGGAUGUUUGGAGUCUCUACGUGUGUCACUCAAUAACAAUCCUGUCAGGCAUGAGCAAGUUUUGGGAGCGUUGACUGAACGCGCAGAAAUGAAUGAAGUAGAACGAUUUAAACCCAUUGUGGAUGGCCUGAAAAGUGGAACAUCAGUGGCAUUAAAGGUAGCUUGUCUACAGUUGAUCAAUGCUCUAAUCAUCCCAUCAGAUGAGCUUGACUUUAGAGUGCACAUCCGCAGUGAAUUAAUGCGCUCUGGACUGCAGCAAAUCCUCAAGAUUGCUGGUCAAAUGAACCAGCGGGCUGCUGCUGGUGUUAAUGGCAAAAAGGAAGGAGAAAGACCAACCCUUGAAGUUCCAGCAGCUCAAAAGUCCAAAUCUGUAGGAAGAAUCUUUCAAAAAGCAAUUGACAAGCUUGAUCAGAAUUCAGAUAUCAAAGUCAGGUUCCUACUAUCAUAUGUGGCAGACAUGUGCAGAAGCAAGGAACUAUUGGACCAAAAUAGGAACAUGGUUAGAGGAAAUAUUACAACAAAAGAUAAGAGUCCAGACCAGAGACAUUUUUAUUGGUUUACUGAUUUCAACGAAAUCUUCCAGAUUCUCCUGAAUACAGUAAAGGAUUCUAAGGCAGAACAACAUUUCCUCUCAAUAUUGCAGCAUUUCCUGCUAAUCCGUAAUGACUAUGAGGCCAGGUAG